UUCAACUGAAAAUUGAAAUAAAAGGCAAAAUUUCCAACCGAACAGAAAAUACUGGAAAGUAUUUGAUUUGAUCUCUCACGCUGAGAGAGAUUUGUUGGAGAUAUUGAGAGAGGAAGAGACCUAUUGUCGAACUACUUUUUCAGCUAUCCGAUCCAGAAACUACUGCAAAGGGAAACCUAGAGGGAGAGGUAGUAUAAGGAGGUCGCAGGAAUUUCUGUUUUUUGGCCGGGAUUCGUAGCGAUCUCGUCGGCUAGUUGUUCGAAGUUCCGGAAUCGGAUUUAUUGGUAGAGAUGGUGAAUUCUAUGGUGGAGAGGGCCACGAGCGCCAUGCUGAUCGGGCCUGAUUGGGCCAUGAAUAUCGAGAUCUGCGACAUCCUCAACCGCGACCCUGCGCAAGCAAAGGAUGUUGUCAAGGGCAUCAAGAAACGCCUUGGAAGUAAGAAUCCCAAAGUUCAGCUUCUUGCCCUAACCCUACUGGAGACAAUAGUAAAGAACUGUGGGGACAUUGUCCACAUGCAUGUAGCAGAGAAGGGUGUUCUUCAUCAGAUGGUGAGAAUAAUUAGGAGGAAGCCUGACUUACAUGUCAAAGAGAAGAUACUGAUUCUUAUAGAUACUUGGCAAGAGGCUUUUGGAGGACCUAGGGCAAGACAUCAACAAUAUUAUGGUGCAUACCAGGAGUUGUUGCAUGCUGGAGCGGUAUUCCCUCACAGAUCUGAGAGCUCUGCACCAGUAUUCACACCACCACAAACACAACCUCUUUCUUCCUAUCCACAAAAUCUGCGUAAUACUGAUUUUAGACCGGAGGCAGCCGAGUCUUCUACAGAAGCUGAGUUUCCAACCUUGAGCUUGACAGAGAUUCAAAAUGCUAGGGGUAUCAGCGAUGUCCUUGCAGAAAUGCUAAAUGCAUUGAAUCCAGGGAACAAAGAGGGGCUGGGACAGGAUGUUCUUGCUGACUUGGUGGAACAGUGCCGUACAUAUAAGCAAAGAGUGGUGCACCUUGUUAAUUCUACCACGGAUGAAUCACUGCUAUGUCAAGGAUUGGCACUGAAUGAUGACUUGCAACGUGUAUUAGCCAAGCAUGAAGCCAUUGCUUCAGGGACACCAGUUAAAAUAGAGAAACCCAAUCCUGAGCCUACUGCAGCACUUCUAGAUGUUGAAGCCCCAUUGGUUGACACUGGAGAUGGCAGCAAAAAGCCUGAUGGAGGAUCUACCUCAAGUUCUGGUGCAGGGGUUAAUCCACUGAAUCAGCUGUUGCUUCCUGCACCUCCUGGCACAACUGGUCUGAAUCCUCCGGCAGCAGCCAAUCCAAAAGUUGACCUGCUGAGCGGCGAUGACUUUGCUUCUCCAAAAGUUGAAAAUUCAUUAGCUCUUGUUCCCCUGGGAGAGAAGCAACCAACUGCACCUGCAUCUCAGCAUAAUGCCCUUGUACUAUUUGACAUGUUUUCCGAUGGUAACAAUACCCCUAAUUCUAACAAUAUCCAACCUGCUAAUCUUGGUACGCAAACCAAUCCUUUGAACACACCAUUCCAACAGCAGCAGAAUUUCCAAUCCCCAGAAACAGGAUUUUACCAAAAUGGAAAUGGCCCCAAUAUAGGAUCACCACAAUAUGGGCAUUCAUUUCAUGUUCAGGGUACUGGUCCUUCCUGGAAUGGCCAGUUUGUCCAACAGCAGCAACCAGCCUCGCCUGUUUCCCCACCGUCACCAGCUUAUGGAGCUCAAACUGGUGGAUCACUACCACCACCUCCGUGGGAAGUACAGCCGGACAAUAAUUUGGUGGCUGGCUCUCAGCUUCCUCAGCCUUUGCAAGUUACUCAGGUGGUUGUCACACAUGCUCAACCAGUGUCAAGUGGUAUGCACCCUUGGUCUCCUCAGUCCAUGGGGAAUGAACAGGUUGUGGGUAUGUAUACUCAGCCCAUUGCAGGUGGCCAAUUAUCAGCGAUCAAUCAUCAGGCUGGACAGAGCAAUCAAUUUGUUGGUUUUCAUCCUCAACAAGUCCAGGGCGGGCAGUACAUGGGUAUGGUCCCGCAGCCAAUGCAAUCUGGGCAGAUGGCUUCAAUGUAUCCACAGCAACAAAUGUAUGGUAACCAGAUGCCAGGAUAUGGAUAUGGUCAGCAACAAGGCGUUCAGUACCUUCAGCAGCAAAUGUAUGGGAUGUCUGUUAGAAAUGAUAAUGGUAUGACAAACUCUUCAUAUCAAGUCCCGACUUCAUCCUAUUUGCCACCCAUGAAGAAGACUUCCAAGCCAGAGGACAAGUUAUUCGGAGACCUUGUCGACAUAGCAAAAUUAAAGUCGAAGCCACUCGUGUAAGAGCUCGUGGCAUAUGACACAUCAUGACUGGACCUGCAAUUUAUUUUUUUUUACUUUUCUGUUUCUUAGAAUUUUUUUGCUAACUUGCUUCAUUGUCUUCAUUCACCAUCAAUUUAAAUUUUUAUUCCGAUAUAUAUUUCUUCCCGGUCUUUUUGGCCUUAUAGCCCUUUUCCAUGUUUGACAUUGAAACCCUGUACAUUUCUUGUAGAGAAAAAAGAAAAGAAAAGGGUUGACACUCAAUUGGAUUGAUGUUCUAAGAUAUGGGUUUCUACUGGAAGCCUUUUAUUUCUGUUGGAAUCUUGUUUGUUUAAUAAUGUAAAGGGACUAGGAUUUCUUCA